AUGGGCAAGGCCCUACUGAUCGCCACUCCGUCGGAGCUCUUCGACCGGCGCGCUCGGUCUGUGGUGGCUCUUCCAGAGGUUGGCGGCGCCGCUUCCGAGUGCGCGGGACUGCUCGGCGCGUUCAACUCGAGCAGCGGCGGCGGCGGCGGCCACGGAGCCGAGUACUACGCUCCGUCAAGCUCCGCCGUUGAGGCCGUUCGUAGAGCGCGCCACACCGACUUUGCCAACCACCCGCUUGACGUCGGCCUCGCGGCCUUGCGCACCCUCAGCGCGGCGGUGCAGGGCGGAGAGGCACUCAGUCAGCUUCAGCCGCGGACGGCCUGGCCGUCGCUCGACACGCGUGUGCGACUGCGCGUCGGCACGGCGCCCAAGACAGGGAGCCUGCUGCUCACGCACCCCGUCUCGUGCCUCUCCCAGCCGAGCCUGCACCACGCCGUCAUCCUCCUCGUGUCCGUCUCUGAGGAGCACGUCGUGGGCGUGACCAUCAACAAGCCGUUCAGCGCCUCGCCGCUGCACAGCCCGUCGGCGCCCACGCCGCUGCUCGGCGGCGCGGUCGACGAGGCGAGGCGAGACAAGCUCGGCCCGCUCUGCGAGGCGUCGUUGCACCAGGGCGGCGACGUGUCGCCCUCCUCGCUGCUGGCGCUCCACUCGCUCGGGCCGCUCGAGAACAGCUCCGCGGUGAGCGAAGGGCUCUGGGUCACCUCGGAGCUGCACGAGCUGAGAGAGGCGGUCGAGGCGGACGCACCACACCCGCCAGAGGCGGACGAGGGAGACGCUUCCCCCGGCGCAAAGACCGAGCCGCCGCUGCUCCGACUCAAGUGCCUCGUCGGCCACGCCGGCUGGGCGUACGAGCAGCUAGAGGCCGAGCUGAGGAGGAACGUGUGGUUCUUGCUCGAGCCCGAGGAGGGGACCAGCCUCGCCCCGCUCGCGCUGAGGCAGCCGCCCGCCGCGCUGCCCGAGGGCGGCCCCUCCUCCUCCGCGUGGCUGAGGGACGCCUUGUGGGAGGGAGUGGUGGAGCGGGCCGGCGGAGCGAUGCUCGAGAUGCAAGGCUUCCCGGGCGACCAUGCGGCAGUGCGCGCUGUCGCGCGCGAGACCGAGGCGCUGCAGCGCGAGUUGCUGAGGAAGCGAAUCGACCUGCUGGUCCCUUCGGAGGGCGCCAAGGAGUGA